UGCGGUCUACCCUGGGUCUACUUACACGAAUCAACAACAAUAUUGUUUCUCAGUUUCUAGACUCUCUUCACUCUCUUUUAAUCAAGACCGGAAAAACGGAGUUAGUGGCACAUGCAAGCUUUCUGAUAAUUCUACAAUAACAUUCAAUUCAUGUACUACUUUUAAAAUGCCGAAGCAAGCUCAUGUUUUAUUUCUCGGAGAGCAUCAUCCUGGGCGUAUCUACGGCACCAGUGCCAGGGCUCUACAAGCCAUGGAUGACAUGAAGAGAACUUUACCAAAAUACAAGGCUAAAACGAUGUACAUCGAGAAAUUCGACAGUAGGAAGGAAGCUACUAAGGUUGUUGCGACUCGCAGAGAAGAAUUGGAGGAAAUUAAGCUUGAAGCAAAGAAAAAGAAGGCACUUAAAAAUGGAUCUCAUCAAGAGCAACUACAAGUGCAAAACGUUGCCACUCUUUCUCCACGUGAAAGCCAGUCCAGUUCCGCGAAGAAGAGGCUUGCUCCUGACCACGAGGAGAAGCCCCUUCAAAAGAGAAAGAAGAAAAACUCUGUUCAAGGAGAAACAAUUACAACUGUUGAUAAUAAUUGCUUGUCAGCGGAGUCGAAGCCUUCAAAAGCUGAAAAUAAUUUAGUCGCACGCGUUGAGCCUUCGAUCAAGGAAAUUAUUGCUCCAGACUUGAAAACAAUUAAAGCAAGCAUGGAAGAGUUGAAGAAAACCCAGGCUGACGUUGAAGAAGAGGUUGCAAAAAGUGUGAACCAAGUUCGAAUGAGUACUGCCUACUUGGAGACGAUUAAAGAGCAAAUUGCAGCUGUGGAAAAUAGGACCUCAAAACUGGAGGCUCAAAGAACAAAGUAUCUUUUGGAUGUCAUUAAUCUGAUCGCAAUCAAAGCUAAAAGUCGUGUUCAGGAACAAGCUUCGAAGUCGAUGCCAACAAGUACUGACCACAAUUCUGUUGAUGUGACGGCGAAGCCCAAUGUUGAGUCGCAUGAACAAACAGGCACUGACUUUUCAUAUGAUGACGAUGGCUAUUGCAUUGCCUUUACAAACGCUUUGGCUAGUGAACAGCAAGGAAAGUUAAUAGCAGGACUUGGUGUAUUUUUUGGCGACGGAAACAAAUAUAACAUGAGUGAGCCUAUCCAAGACUUUUUGGAAGCAAAUAACAUGGAUAGAAAACCAACAAUCGUAAAUUUGCUAGCUGCUACUCUUGCCUGCAAUGUGGCCAAAUUAUUGGGUAUCCCUAAAAUCCAUAUCUUCUCAAGUCGUAAAACAAUGCUAAAACGUAUCAAGAAGGACCUGCCAAUUUGGAAGGAAAAUGGUUGGGUUCGGGAAGAUUUUUUCAACCAGCCUGUGAACCCAAGCUUGAAGGACGCACUGCAACGCUUGAUGAUAUCCACAAAAGACUUGGAGGUGAAAUGGACGCUGGUGAAACCCCAAAAUUACAAAAAGAGCAGAGGAGUCAGUGGUAACACCAUGUCCGAGCGUUUAGCGAUAGAAGCAGCAGAAAAAUGUUUGAAGAGAUGAUCAUGGUUCAUUUUGUGACUUAUCAAAACAAUACAUAGAAAUUUUUGAGUUUGAGACGACAGAAACACUUCUUAAUAUUUUUUU